CUUUUAUUCCAUUUAUCAAGUUUGACUCUCUGUUCAUCUGACAAAGUGAGCGGUCUUUUGUGCUUCAAUUUUUGGUCCCUCAAGCUGGUUAAAAUGACAACUGUUCUGCUUCAGAUCAUGGCUGUCCUUCUCGUCUUCUGGGUGACUCCUAUGCGCUCAUGUGAAGUCAGUAUCCAUCCCAAAGUAAAUGCUGUGAUGUUUGGGGCUUCUUUGAAUUUGACAUGCACAGUUUCAUGUAGCAACUAUACUGAACUGAGAUGGGAAGUGGCUCUUCCGUUUGUGCUCAAGAAGGGACAUGGUUGGAUUAAUCUGUAUAUAGCCAGUGUGACUGAAUGGACACUUCCACUGUCGUGUUUAGUUAAUUAUGGAGACUUUAAUCAAACCUACACCAGGGAAGUAAUUUAUGUUUACGAAUUCUCUACGCCAGUUAUAUAUCCAGUUUCUGAAGUUCUGAGUGGUCACUUGGAAAAAAUCGUGUGCAACAUUUCUAGCCUGAAGGUGAGGGGCUCCCUCCCAACUCACAGCAACAUUUCUCUGAGCAGAGGUGGUAAUAUCCUGAACAGCAGCCAUGGAAAACCAUCAGUGGAGUACAAUUUUGUGCCUAAUGUAGAGCAGGAUGACGGGGCUGAGAUCCUCUGUGAGGCCAUCCUCCUGUUGGGUUCACAAGUGCUGAGAAAAAAUGCAAAUCAAACACUGAAAGUUGUGGCUAGCCCUUAUAAUGUCAGCAUAUUGGCCACUCAUGGGACUUAUAAAGUGGAUACAAAAAUUAUGGUGACAUGUAAUGCUAAAGGAAAACCCAAUCCAGAAUAUUCCUGGGAACUUCCCUCCAAAGUUAAUGUGGAAUUCUCAAAUAGCAACAAGACUGUAACAAUUACGUCAGCAAAGGAAUUCCACAAUGGGACUUAUCGUUGCCUAAUACGUAAUGUUUAUGGCAAGAAUUCAGCACAGAUUGACAUUGUCUUUGAAGGGAAGUCUCGCAACUGGGUUAUAGCCCCGGUGAUAACAAUGUUAGUAUUGGGCUUAAUUAUCAUUGGUGGAGUCUUUUACUUUUGCCGAAAACGACCACUUUAAGAGAGGACAGAUCAGGAUUCCUUUGGGAUGAAGAGGCAGAAUUUGCAGGGGAUCCCUUUUGAGCUACAGCAGAAGCCAGAAUGAGAAGGAAUCCUAGUUCUCAUUCCCAAGUCUACACAGCAACAGAGGCAGAAUUUGGAUAAUCUCCUCCAUGGUGCCUGAUCUACAUUCAGCCGCUGCUGAAACAAGAAAAAGUUCCUCUGAGCCGCUGAGGACUGUUAUAGGAACUGCAACAUGUGCCAAACCAAAGCAAGAUACCUGUAUCAGAUAGGAGAUUCAGCUACCUGAGUGCAUUACCUGAGUUGGAAAUAGGGAAAAAUGUUUCCAGUUCUUAGAGCUGAGCAUCAUUAUAUAUA